AGUCUUUUGUUGGUUAUAUAAGAUACCGGAAGACGCAAACACACCCUUUUCUUCCUUUAGAAUUUAAACACACGCUCACUCCCACAGUCACUCACAUGAGGGCACCUUUUUAAACCGGUUAUCACUUGCACCGGCUUGCAGAACAGAGACGAGGAAAUGAGCAGUGGACUGUGGUUUCCUACGCUGGGGCUGGUGGCCUGGCUGUGCUGCCUCAGUCUGGAGCCCGUUCACGGGGGGAAAAUUCUGGUUUUGCCUAUGGAUGGAAGCCACUGGCUUAGCAUGAAGAUACUGGUGAAGGAGCUCAGCCGCAGGGGCCAUGAGAUCUUGGUGGUGGUACCGGAAUGCAGCCUGUUGAUGAAGGGCUCAGACAGCUACAAGACUGAGAUCUACAAAGUGCCCUAUACCAAAGAUGACCUGGAUAAAUCUAUGAACACGCUGAAGGAUGGAGCAUUCCUCAAGCCACCAUCUAUCACAGAUCUGUUUAUCAAUAUGGAAAGGUUAAUUAAUUUUACUUCAAUGCAGGUGAAAGGUUGUGAGAGUUUGCUGAACGACCAUCCUCUAAUGACUCAGUUGAGGGAAGAGGGCUUCGAUCUCAUGCUUACAGACCCCUUCCUUCCCUGUGGCUCUGUCCUGGCUCAUAUGUUUUCCAUUCCAACAGUUCAUUUCCUGCAUUCACUUCCAUGUGACCUGGAUACAAAGGCUAACCAGUGUCCAGCUCCCCCUUCCUAUGUUCCUGUGGCCUUCUCUGGUAAUACAGACAUCAUGACCUUCCCACAGAGAGUUAAAAACAUGGUCGUGUCUUUUAUGGGGUCCUACAUGUGCAAAGUAAUAUAUUCCCAUUUUGAUGACCUGGUCAGCAGAUAUUUAGGAGACAACAUGACUUACAAGGACCUUCUUGGUCUUGGUGAUUUCUGGCUUCUCACCCAAGACUUUGUUGUUGAAUGGCCAAAGCCUCUCUUGCCAAACAUGGCUUUUAUUGGAGGUAUCAACUGUGAAAAUGCAUCUCCUCUACCAGAGGAUUUGGAGGAGUUUGUGGAUGACUCAGGAGAUGACGGCUUUGUUAUCUUCACUCUGGGUUCAAUGGUGUCUGACAUGCCUGCGGAGAAAGCUAAAGAGUUCUUUGAUGCCUUUGGACAAAUUCCUCAAAGGGUUGUGUGGAGAUACACUGGAGUCCCACCUGUAGAUGUACCCAAGAAUGUCAAACUUAUGAAAUGGUUACCUCAGAAUGACCUCCUAGCCCAUCCCAAAGCUAAAGUCUUCAUCACUCAUGGAGGAAUCCACGGCGUCUAUGAGGGUAUCUGUAAGGCUGUACCCAUGUUGAUGUUCCCACUGUUUGGGGACCAGGGGGACAACGCACACCGCAUGGUGUCCCGCGGUGUUGCAGAAAAACUUGAAAUUUAUGAUGUGACGGCUGAAAAAGUGGUGACCGCUCUGAAUAAAAUCAUCCAUGACAAAAGUUACAAAGAGAAGAUAGUGAAGAUGUCUGUGAUACACAUGGACCGCCAAGUUGAGCCUUUGGACCUGGCUGUUUUCUGGACUGAGUUUGUCAUAAAACACAAAGGAGCCAAACACCUAAGGGUAGCCGCACAUGAAUUAAACUGGAUCCAGUACCAUUCCCUGGAUGUCAUUGGUGUUUUAGUCAUCAUUCUCCUGACUGUUUUGUGGGUGACAUUCAAAUGCUGCUUGUUCUGCACUCGCAAGUGUUUCAGAGAGGGGACUGCGAAGAAAAAGAAAGAGUAAUGUUUCUAAUGCAGCAGUCAUUAGGUUUAUAAACUCUAUAAUGAAGUAAAUAAUGGAGGUUGAAACACUGCAAGCACAUACAACAUCUGUGUCUGUGUGUGUAAUGUGUAUGUUCAAAAAGUAUACGGAAUGUGUGUCUCAGCUAAAGUCCCAUUAUUACAUUGUCUUUAACACGUGUGUAACAUGAUACAUGAUGCCAAUGAUUGAUUAAAGCCAUUGUCUGGAAAGAAAUGUCCAAAAAAUGUGUGUGAAAAUGGU